AUGUGGUAUGUGAAUCCUGGUGCCAAAAAGCAGGAGGUAGGAGAUGGGAAGGUGGAAGUGACAAAAGAAGGCGUGAAGCUGUGCACCAUGGGUCCAGGAAAGGUGUUCGGGGAGUUGGCUAUUCUUUACAAUUGCACCCGGACAGCGACCGUCAAGACUCUUGUAAAUGUGAAGCUCUGGGCUAUUGAUCGACAAUGUUUUCAAACAAUAAUGAUGAGGACAGGACUCAUCAAGCAUACCGAGUAUAUGGAAUUUCUGAAAAGUGUUCCCACAUUCCAGAGCCUUCCUGAAGAGAUCCUCAGUAAACUUGCUGACGUCCUUGAAGAGACCCACUAUGAAAAUGGGGAAUACAUCAUCAGGCAAGGUGCAAGAGGGGACACCUUCUUUAUCAUCAGCAAAGGAAAGGUAAAUGUCACUCGCGAAGACUCACCAAGUGAAGACCCAGUCUUUCUUAGGACUUUAGGCAAAGGAGACUGGUUUGGAGAGAAAGCCUUGCAGGGGUAAGUAGAUCACAUGUCACACAGUUUUUGCUUGAGUACUACAUAAAUUCCUGUCUUAAAGAUCACGCUCCUAACAAAACAGGAUUUUUAUUUCUGAUUCUGAUAUCAGACAUGGGCCCUUGCUCAUUUUUAUUUUAUUUCCAGCUGGAAUUGUAAUAUGUGUAGAUAGGCUGUACGAUUGAUUGGUGGUUAACUUCUAUAAUAAAUAAUUUUUAUA